AUGGACAAUGAGUUUAAGCCUGCACUCAUUAUCGUGGAUCUCCAAGAAGACUUUUGUCCACCUGCAAGUUUAUUCAUGCUUGCGCCAUUCUUCAGGAACGGCGCUCUAGCGGUGGCUGAAGGGCGGUCAAUUGCACCCAUAAUCAACGAUCUCCUUCGACUUCCUUUCGUCAAGAAGAUAGCGACAAAAGACUUUCAUCCACCAGACCAUGUUUCAUUUGCCUCCAAUCAUCCCGAACCACAUAACAAACCUUUCACAUCCUUCGUAACUAUACCUAAUCCCAAUAAUCCAAAUGAAACUCACACCAGCCGAUUGUGGCCCAUACACUGUGUUCAGGGAACACCUGGUGCUGAACUAAUACCUGAAUUGGAUACUUCCCUAGUCGACUUGGUAAUAGAAAAGGGCCAAGAUUCACGAGUGGAGAUGUACUCUGCUUUUGAAGCACCGUUUCGGCACCCUAUUGUCAAAGAAGCCAGUAGCAAACUGGCUCAGAGCUUGAGAGAGGCUGGUGUGACAGACGUAUUCGUAGUCGGGUUAGCGAUGGAUUAUUGUGUUCAAAGUACAGCGAUAGACGCUGUCGCCGAGGGCUUCAAGACCUAUGUUAUCAGCGAGGCCACCAAAGCUGUUGAUCCAACCGAACAGGGUUGGAAGAAGACCGAAAAAGAAUGUGAUAAGGCCGGGGUGAAAUUCAUAGCACUUGCUGGGGAGGAGCUUGCAAAGGUGAGAUCGAUGCAGGAUGUAUGA